CAAACCACUCACACUUUCUAACCCAUCAUCUUCUCUCUCUCAGCUCGCUGCGCAGUUCAUCCUCACCGGCAGCUGAGCUGCUCACUUCCUCCUCCCAAGGCUGCAGCCACGUUGGGAGGCUGCGCAAUGGAGACCUCCGCAAUUGCAUUCCUUUGCCUCCUCUGCAUUCACGGUGCAGCAGCCAUCACGGCUGGAACCCAAGAUGGGAUGCAACUUUGGGGAUACGCAACGCCGAGGCCAAAGGUGAACAUAUUCUGGUGGUGGUAUAGGAGCCCGAAUAGGGUUUCGUCAGUGGUAAAGCCAUGGCCGACGAUCUUAUGGCUGCAGGGAGGCCCCGGAGGGUCCGCAUCCGGCCGUGGUAACUUCCUUGAGAUCGGGCCGUUGGACCUCAACAUGAACCCUCGCAACUUUACCUGGCUGAGCGUAGCGGAUAUCAUUUUCGUGGACAGCCCUGUAGGCGUCGGGUUCAGCUACGCAGACGACCCAAGUGCGUUGGUGAAAACGGAUUCCCAGACAGUCGUGGACCUGGUUGGCGUCAUCAAAGUGCUCCUCAAGAAGCUGUCCACUCUCAAGAGCAGCCCUCUCUUCCUCGUUGGAGAGUCCUAUGGCGGCAAGAUUGCCGCCAUGGUUGGUGUCUCUCUGUCAAGAGCCAUCCGCAAUGGAACCAUCAUCAAUCUCAAGCUCGGAGGUGUUGUGAUUGGAGAUGGCUGGAUCUCGCCGGAAGAUUACGCGCUUUCUUACGCGCAGCUGCUUCACGAUGUGUCCAGGCUUAACGACAACGCUGUCGGAGACGUCAACAAAAUGGCAGUGACGGUGAGGGAGCAGGUGGCAGCGGGGCAGUUUGCCACAGCACAGAAGACAUGGACCAAUCAACUAGAUCUGAUUGACUCCAGGAGUGAUAGUGUUAACAUGGACAACUUCUUGCUUGACACCGGCAUGAACCCGGUGUUGGCAAACUGGCAAUCGAUGACAAGCAGCCAGUUGAUGUGUCGCAACAGCCAGCAAUCUCAAUCAGCCCCAAACAACAUCGACGAUGUCAUAAACAGAGUUAUCAAGCCAAUGCUCAAAAUCAUUCCCAAGAAAAUAGUAUGGGAAGAGGCAACGCUUCAGGUCUAUGAAAACCUAGCCAACGACUUCAUGAAGCCUGCAAUCAAUGAGGUUGAUAAGCUGCUUGCCGAUGGCGUCAAUGUUACUGUGUACAACGGACAGCUCGAUGUGAUCUGCCCUACAGUCGGAGUAGAAGCAUGGGUUAACAAGCUCAAAUGGUUUGGUCUUAGCAAAUUCUUGAGCCUGCCAAGGCAGCCUUUGCAUUACUGUGACUCGGCAAUAUACUGUUCGAAGCAGAUCAGGGCCUUUGUUAGGUCGUACAAGAAUUUUACCUUCUACUGGAUUCUUCAAGCUGGACACAUGCAGGUCCCUGUUGACCAACCUUAUCCUGCUUUAAGAAUGAUCGCUAGCGCCACGCUCUCUCCAGGCAACUAGAUGAAUAACAUAUGUCAUAUGCAAGUAAUCUAGAGUAAAUCGCACCAUUAGCACACAACAUUGACGGUGUGAGCUGCUUUAUUAGGUCAUGUGUGAAGGGAACUUAUUAAUAAUUCACUCUAAUCAUUUAAGUUGACUAGCUUGUAAAUUGUGCAUUGCCACUGAAAAAAUACUCUAGGUGCAUGCUAAAUGGACUGACUGUCAUGGUUAGCCGCAAGCAUCAAAGUGAGGUGAUGAAGUGCGUGUUCCAUCCAAAUGGAUCGUUAAAUUUAUGGAAUCAUAUGCAUGGUUAUUUA